CAUUUGGGAGCUCCAAUCGUGGACCAUCCUCCAACCAUUUUAGUCGCAUUUCGUAAAAUGUGCAGGUAACAGGUCACUCACGUUAUGUAUACGUGUUUGCUGAGCCAAUCACGUGUGGAGCCUUUCUGCACGCGUGGCAGCUGUCGCACCACAGGAAACAUUGCUUCUAAUUGUGGUUUCAGUGUGCCACCAAGCACCGCCAAGGACUAAUUCAGACGGGCAUGUAAUGGGAACAGGCGGACAGAGAGUCUGGUGGGCGGUUUUUCCCAUUGAAAUGGAACUGAAAUUGCACAGAAUGCGAUCUCUUCAGGGCGGACAUUAACGACCCUCGGAUAUUGAUCUACGUACGGUCUAGGAGUGUCGAUUGUGCUUUCGUAUGUAAGCCCACAGCUGGAAGUGGUCCGAUCAUGGGGGAGAGAGCGACCCUUGUGGCAAACCCCAGGCCACAGACAGUCACGGAACCUUUGUACGGCUGGGUGGUGGUUGCCAGCAGUCACACCGUCUUCAUUCUCUGGACUGGCUUUGUCAAGACGAUAGGUGUACUGCUUCCAUGGCUCACAAGCUACUACCACACCGAUGCCUUGGCCCUUGGCUGGAUAACGGCUGCAUUUUGUGCAACAAAUAAUAUAGCAGCUGUUUUCGGCAGUAUACUAAGCGUCCUCAUCGGUUCUAGGAAAGUGGCCAUUCUCGGUGGCGUCAUAGCAGCAAGUGGUCUUCUCCUCGCCUCUGUGUCCACUAGUCUCCUACAGUUUGCCCUUUCACUCAUCCUACUGACUGGGAGCGGCUUUGGAAUGACAAUGUGCAUCUGCAAGGUCCAUCUUGGAAUUUACUUCAACGAACGUCUGGCGUUGGCUUCAGGCAUUGUUACAAUGGGCGUGCCGAUUGGUUUGAUGGUAUUCCCAGCGUUUGCAGAACUACUCCGCUUCACUUACGGCAUCCAGGGAACGCUUAUCAUUCUGGGCGCACUCUCCUCAAACCUUAUUGUGUGUGGAGCCUUGCUGCGCCACUACCCCGGAUUCAGAAUUCACAAGCUUGGGAGUGACCGCGGCUACGAGCCGAUUAAUUCUUCACAGACGACAGAAAGUCCCAAUGUUUUCGCGGCACUCAAAGCACACAUAGCAGAUCGUCUCGACGUCAAACUCCUAGCCAGGCUGGACAUGCGGAUGUUGAUCGUGGCAUAUAUGCUAUUUUCUUUUGUAAACGAUUCUUGGAUGACGUUCAUGGUGUCCAACGCCAUGUCUAAGGGAUUCGAAGGAUAUGUUGCGACAACCUUUAGCAUCUCGGCUGGUUGUUCGGCCGUGAUCUUCAGCGUCAUUCAGGGCAUCCUCAUCUCCUCGAAAUUCGCUGGUAUCAGAGUCGUUUCGGCGAUGGCGACCGCCGUCGGCAGUGCAGCGCUUUUUCUGGAUCCCUUGCUCAAUAGCUACUUGGCAAUGAUCGUAGCUGUGGUGAUGUACGGCAUAACCCUGGCUGUGUUGAAUCCAACCAUAGUUUGUAUGGCAAUCGAAACGCAGGGGCGGGAACGAGCUGCAAGCGCCUUCGGCUGGAUGGGUCUCUUCUCUGGGAUAUUCAGACUCCUUUUUGGCUUUUCAACUGGUCUCCUCCGUGAUAUCACAGGGCACUACGACGCUACCUUCAUACUGCUAGGAGUUAUGCUGUUUCUCAUCGUACCGGUGCUUUUCGUGGACAUUUUGGUGCCAAAAUGCAGGAACAUUGUUUGGCGAUCGUGAGAGUUAUAGAUCUAAACUUGCUGAUAUCAUAGACUGUAACAAAUCUAAAGACUUAAGUCUUGAAGACUUGAAACAAGUCCACAAUCAUGUCUAUUAAUGUGUAUAUUGUACAUUGUUGACAAUUUUGCAUAAAUAAUGUCCCCGUUGGCCCCAGUAUUUUUUAUGAUCGACCUUAGGAAUAAUUAGUUCGUUUUUACACGACCUAUAUAAGGGGUCCUUGCUGAAAUGCAUUUUUAUGAUUGACCCAGAAACGACAUCUAAGAGAACCCUUGUGGAAACACAGAUCGAAAACAGCUUCUUAAUUGCUGACAAAUUUGACAUACUGACAAUUAAUUGUGCAUCAAAAGAUAGCAUAAUCCAGAAGGCAUGUAUAAACUUUUUUUAAAUAACUCAAUUUUGGAAGUUGUUUGGUCUGAACAAAACUUGAACUAAGAAGUGUUGUCGGAAGACUCGUCUGUUUAAAGCUUUUUCAUGGACUCUAAAACUCUGCUUGAUGGCACUUUUUGUUCGAUUUCAACAUGUUUAACACAAAGCUAUGCUGUGUAGGUUAGUCUAGGUAAUUACCGAGUUUGUUUUUAAAAGUGGUUUAAGAUGAGCUGAGCACUAUUGUUUUGAAAAUUAUAAGUUUUCCCUGCCAAUUUCAGCGAAAAUCCGCUCCGUUUCGUCAACACGUAGCCUAUUCACAUUUGCACAAAUGCGACGGUUCGGUUUGUUGGGGGGGGGUAUUUUUCCCUUGUUUGCCAUUCAAUUUCGUUUCCGUGCAUACAAGUGUGUAGCUUUGCCGUUCAUUUUUGUUCCAUCAUUCCACUUCGUUUAUGGGUUUUCAAGACUACUCUAUCACCAUUCUUCAGAGUAAUUUCUCCUGUCUAUUUCAUAUAGGCCUGGGUGUAGUCAGGUUAAAACUCUUCGACGCGUAUAGGAUCAUAAUUUUCGUUUUCGUUUAUCGCAAAUUUACAUGUAUUUCGCGUUCUGAGUGUUCAGUUUAGGACUAUUAGAGAAGUUAAUUAGCACCAUUGGUCUUCUGUAGUAAGGCGUGUAUAAUAUUACUGUUCUAUAAUCACUGUUUUGAUGAAUGUGAAUGGUUCCUUUUUAUCCUUUAGUUUUUAUUUGUAUCUACCCCUAUUUCUUGAGUCAAGUCGGGAAGUUCUGUUUUACUCUUUGCUGUGUUCACUGAUGCUGUUCAUUUUAUGUUAAGCAUUUCUGUUCAUAUUAUUCAUACCAUUUAGAAAUAUAUGUACAUGACAGAAAGGAAACAAAAGUAAAGGGAAACAAAAUCUGGACUAAUGUUAUACAGUUUGAAAAUAAAAAAACGA